AUGUCUAUUGAAGUCCCAUCCACCGAACCGGGAAAGUCCAUGAUUCUUACAGAAAUCAACGAAAAAGAUGAAACGUCGCAGAUGAGCUGGGCAUCAUGGGAGGACGACGGCACCGAUAUUCCAAUUUACAAUCGGCAUCUCUAUUGCGCCGGUGCUGAGGAGGCAAAAAUUUUCAUUGAGCAGCGAGAUGAUAAACCUUCCAAUCAUUUCAAUUCCAAACUUGAGGAUUACUGGCUUUUCUAUGUUCACCUAAACCAUGCCGAGAUGGAGAUCGCCCUUGGAGGAGAGACACCCGUUCUCGUUACCUCUAAUCCGAGUUUCCGUAACUUCUCUGCAACGGAGAACGACCAUGUCACUUAUAAGAAUGAUUACGGGAAGAUCUUCAAGGUGUCCUAUAUGUGA